AUGAAAGACACAUUGAAGGCAAACACGUACCUUUUCAACGUUAUGUUAUCACCCCUGAAGAACGUGAAGAGAUUGAAAACGAUAAACAGUUACCUUCUUAUUCUAGAGCGUUUGCACAAGGUGCACGCAGAUCAAAAUGUAUUGCUAUGCUUAACAUUAUAAGGAACCCUAGGUCUUCCUGUUUGUUCUAAAUAAAAAUGUUACAUCGCUGCCUGUGUGGAAAUAGAGCUGUCUUGAGAUCCUUUGAAAGAUUUUUAAAGUUUUUGUGUGAAAUAAAGUUUUAUUCAUCUUUACACCGCGUUAGUCACUAAUUAUGUUUAACAAAUGUUUGACUCGAGCUCUAAAAUUUGCAUGUGAACUAGCUCGUGUGCCUUUUGUUUGACAAACAAUAAGUCAUACACAACACCUACUCUGAUUCGAGUAAUACAUUUUGAUCUGCGUGCAUCUUGUGCAAACGCUCUAGAAUAAGAAGGUAACUGUUUAUCGUUCGAUUCAGAGGUCACACACGUUUAUAUUCCAUAUAUUCUUCGCUGAUUAAAUCGACCAUACUUCUAAUCAAUCCCUUCGAGAGUGGGCCCCUGUUUAUUUCUCAAUUCUCCAUCAAAUUCAGAACAGUUUUUUUUGGUUGAUUUUCUACAACGAUCAGCCCUUUGAACCCGAAAUAAUAAUACGAAAUAAAGGCUUGAUAUACGUGCUUAAGCUAAUUUUUUCAAACAGCGUCUAUGGCAGAGAAAAAUGGUUUUAAUAAAACAAAUUCCGGGGGGGGGGGGUACUCGCCUAUAAAAGUGACGGGGGUGCUCGUCGAAAAUUUUCGAGAACACCCCUUAAAGGUACCAGAAUCUUGUUUUAUGGGCGUGUCCCAAAUUCAUUUCCACUCCUAAGAGGUACCAAUUCAACAACAACAAAUUAUAUAACUGGCGCUGGAAAUUUCAAUAGUAAAAAAGAUAACUUUCGAACAGUUUCUUCUCAAGGAGUUUUUGAAAAUAUUGUCAUAAAUCUUUAUCUUAAUCGGUCAUUUAAGAUUUAGCACCCUAAGCGGUACCAAUUCACAAACUUAACCCCUAAAAGGUACGACGAGCACCCCCGUCACUGUUAUAGGGAGUACCCCACCCGGGACAAACUCACUUCACCAAAAACUGAGUGGCACAAUGGUGCAGUGGUCAAGGAGUUGCUUGCACGUGCAGAUGAACCAGGUUCGACUGCCGGCGAGGCUGUUUUCUGUUUCUUUAUUGUACAAUAUUUUAAUCUGUGAGGGAAUUUUCAGGUGGUUUGUUGAGCCAGAUGUAGGAAGGAUAUUUACCCAAAAUAUGCAUGUAUUCGAGAUGGUAUGCAAACAAUGAAAUCCAAGGCCAAGACUAAAACAAAUAGCUAUAUGUCUUUGCCAAAUUAUCAGGACUAACAUACCAGGUUGAAAUUUACCAAAAUUAUGCAUAAUUAUCAAGUGAACACAAGAUCCUGCCAUGAUCCUGACUGCGAUUACGGUAGACAAAGUUUAACCCUUGCUAUGAAGAAUUUUAGUACUUGGACUAGUUUUCCACAAAUUAGCAUAGAAAUGGGAUGGGAAAUGGGAAAUAUUUUUGGGAUGUAUAUAUGUUAUUCACCGGCCUUGGUCGAUCCGUACUGGGAUUUGAGGUCCUGAGUACCACCCUAGGCUGUAGGCGAGGGAGGUACUCAGACCGAGGGCACAGUUUCUCUUUCUUAUUUUUUUCCUACUGACAUUUAAAAGUUUCUAGAAAAUUUUACUUGAGCCUCCAGCCUAUGUAUGUUGAAGUAGAACGCGUUCGUGUUGAUGAAGCGCGCGAUCGAUUGCAAACCAAAACAAAACAUACAACGUGAUUUUUAGCUUGUAAUUUAUAUUAUCACAAUUCAGCUCUGAGCUCUUUCAGAAUAAAGAAAGGUUUUUGUGUCUUGGUAGACAAUUCAUAAGCUGAGUGUCAAACAAAGACAAAAGAAUUGACGAACUUGAUAUUAAAAGCCACAGGAAAAGAAAAACAGCAAAGAUUUUCUUCGGCUAAAUAAUUACUUUAGGAUUAGUUCAAUCGAGCGGGAUGAAAACUGCACAAGGCUUUAUAAAAAGAGCUAAUUACAGAUACCAAUCUUAAAAUUGUGACUAAAAAUAAAUAAAUAUAAUUAGCUUUAAAAAAGUACAAUAAAAGCAACAAAAAGGAUUCCUAACCUAGCUGGUAACCUCCUAACCCUAACCUAACUCAACCUAACCCUAACCCUAACCCUAACUCGAGCUUUCCUUCCAUGAUUGCCACGAAAACGCUCCUCUUAAUGGUCAUGGGACUUGCAGGAAGUCAAAAUGGUGGGAGAGCGAAAAUUUGUCGAGUCCUGCGUCGAGUCCUGGCUCGAAGUCUUGGCUCGAGUCCUAGCUCGAGUCCUGGCUGAGUCCUGGCUCGGUAUAUAGGCAUCCUCAUUGAAAGCUAUUAAAACUUAAGGUUAAAUGCAAUCAUUGACAACCUUUUCUGAAAAGUAGAAAACUAGCGAGACAAAAUUCAGUGAAAAACUACAGAAUCUAGAUUCAGACAGCAAAAAUGGAAAACAAAACUACAAACAGUGUAUAGCUGCCGUAAGGCGACCUCUUUUACCGAUCAGCGCUAACAAUAGACGCACAAGUUUAUUCCGAUUUGAGUCCUCGAGGGUUACAGCAAUAAGCAAGAUAGUAGACUAUUGACCCAAAAGACUCGACUGACAUUAGGUCGGAUGUACCGUAAUUUGCCGUAUUUGAUGUGUUAAUUGAGUUGUGUUGUGUUGUCGUUUAAACUGAAAUACAAGGUGAAAAUAUAACUUCAGAAAUACUGCGAGAGCAAAGAAAUACAGCAAAAAUGAAAUACAGCAAACGAAUGGACAACGCACUUACAUUGUUUUGGCGCAAAACUUCUGACCGCAAAAGAGAUACUCCUGAUAGGAAACUACUACUUAAUGCUCUUGAAGAAACAACGUUGAAAUAAAAGCUGAACUGAAAAUGCUAGAUGGAGAAGGUCACCCCUGCACAUUGCGUUGAUUGUAGUGAAUCCUUUAUUAACCCACAAUCAUUUAUUUUUUCUUGUUGCAAGACUGUUCACAAAAAUUUCACCACUUUGAAAAAAAACAAGAUCUACCAAACAGAGGAGGGUCUGAUGUCGAACACUUCACUAUCAAUGGAAAUCAGUUUCUCGCCUUCGCAAACCAUAAUAGUGAUACCGAAGGACUUAACAUCGACUCUUUCAUCUACAAAGAACGAUUCAACUAGAAUUUUUUUCCUUUAUCAGACUUUAGGCACACAUGGAGGCAUUGACAUGGAAUAUUUUAAAACUGGUGAUCAACAUUACCUGGCUGUCGCAAAUUUUGAAAAUGGAACUUCGUACCGACUGAAUUCAGUUAUUUACCAGUGGAGUGUGAGUCAGGAACAAUUUGUCGUCUUUCAAAGCAUUGAAACAUUUGGAGCACACAGCUUUGACUUCUUCGAAAUAACAAAUGAGCAGUUUCUUGCCAUUUCAAAUUAUUAUGAUGGCUCCUCGCACAGUAUCAACUCAUCCAUCUACAAAUGGAAAAGUAAUAAAUUUGAAAAGAUUCAAGACAUAGCAACCGAGGGGGCUGUUGAUGCUGAGACCUUUGCAAUCAGCAAUGAAACUUUCCUUGCUUUUGCAAAUCAUUAUACCCAACAAAAGCGAGUAUUAGUUCAGUCAGCUAUGUUCAAGUGGUCAGCGCAGCAAUUUGUCAAACUGCAGUCUUUCCAGACAUAUGGAGCCCGAGAUGUGAAGUCAUUCACUGACAACGGUUCUACUCUUCUCGCGUUUGCAAACUACCAACGGGAGUCGCAAUACGAUAUCAAUUCUCCCAUUUACAAGUGGAAUGGCAGUCAUUUUGUCAAACUUUUCUGGGUGUACUAUGUCAGUGGUAUAUCGAGUUUCUCAGGAACAGUUCAUUGA